AUGGCCGAUUCACAGAUCUCUCCGUUACCACCGUCAAAUGCUCGGCCUGGCGAUUAUCUCGUGGUGAUCCAUGACCACGAAGCACGAAGCGACGAUGAAAUACAAAUGAAGCGCGGUGACUUAAUUCGAUUAAUUGAACUGGAUGAAGAAUUUGGAGAUGGAUGGUGGCUUGGAGAACACCUCGCUACGGCUCAGAAGGGUCUCCUACCAGGAGGUUUCACCAAGAAGGCAGAGGGGCGCGAAUACCUGAGAGCUUUGCAAAUUAACACCACCCUGCAGGGUAUUCUCAAUACGGGAACCACUGAAUCGCCGUCCGAAAUUGAACCGGUUGAGCCCUCAACCCCCGUCAACUCAUCCUUCGUCACGAUCGGUAGCGAACAAUCUACUCCUCAGGCAUCGCGGCCGACUACUUCUGACAUGAUGGAAUCUCCUAAGCAGCAAAGGUCUGCAUCGUCACCGCUCCCGCGCCUAAAUCUCGCGGCCGAUAUCCAGCAAACUUUUCGUCAGUCCAUUGAUAGCCAUCUCAACGGCGAGGAUAGCCCCGUGAUGAACGAGACCUUGAGCGUGAUUGACGAACACAUCACCGAUAUGAACACCCCCGCCACAGCUGAAUACAGCAGCCAUAUCAGCCACCGAAUUUCCUACAUAUAUGGCGAUGAAACGGAUGAGGAAGAAGAUCAGAUGACGGAGAAUAAUGUGCGGAAGUGGAGUCAGGCUCAGACUGCCAAACAUUUGCGCGGUCUUGGCGUCGAUUCGAAGCAUUGUGAUAUCUUCGAAGAGCAGGAGAUUACAGGAGACGUUCUUCUUGAUAUGAACCAAGACUUCCUGUUCAUGAAGGAGUUCGAUUUCGGCGUCAUGGGUAAGCGGCUCAAGACGUGGCAUCAGGUCAAAACUUUCCAAGAAGAAGUGAAAGGUAUCCAACCGCCACCGCAAUCCGUGAGAGGCUCCAUUUCCAGCUUCGGGGGACAUGAUGAGCGAUCAAUGUCAAUGUCCCGUUCUGGGUAUGGUGGAACCUUUUUGCCGCGCAUCCCUACCGUAUCGGAAAAGACUGGCGUGGGCUAUACACCCCGAGUGUCUGCGGUUCCUGUUCAGCAUCCACGGCUUACCAGCAAUAACACCUCCCCAGUGACUCCACGCACGCCACCGUUCGGGCAUGAUUCACCACGAAGAGUAUCCGCAGCCUCCAUCCGUGAAUUCAACCAUUCGCGACGACACUCUUCCAUUGAUGCUACUACUAAUAAUCGUGGUUUCCCCGACAUGGCUUCCAAUGGCUACCACCAAAAGAAGCCUUCCUUUGAUCGAUCAUGGACGCUCAAUAAUGGGCCCCAGCACCAGCCGUCGCGUCCUGGGACCUCGAUGGGCUCGGAUGGAAUGCGCGCUUCCCGCGAGACUACCGAGAUACAACCCAAAACUUCAGAGGAUCUGGAUCGGGGCUACUUCUCUAGUACAGAGGCAGAAGCGCGCCGAAGACGUGUUCUGCAUAAACGCAAAUCGACAAGAGGUAGCAGCGUCAGUCAAUCCCGGAGGUCCAGCUUUGCAGAGGACUCGUUUCCAGUCCCAGGUCAGCGCCAGUCUCGGAUCGGUAGUGUCGACUCCCUCCGUGAUGCUAAGCAUAUGUCUACCGCUGCUGAGACCUACAGCGCUACGCCACCAAAGAACAGAAUGCGAAGCAUGAGCACGCGCGUUUCUUCCGAGCGAAUCGGCAACGAUUCCCAGUCCUCCAACGACCCCAAGUCUGGAUUUUUUGCUAGUCUAGGCCUGAUUAAGGGGAAAAAUGUCGGCCCCAAGAUGCGACGAGCGGUUGGCUUUCGUGCCAUUUCGGAUGUCAUCGGCAAGAAUGCUGACGGUUCUACCCCCGUCUCGCCCGUUGGAUUUGACCCUGUGUCUGCUCGAACCGGCUCAACCACCCCGUCAGCAACCUCCAAGAGUUCAGAGCGGCAUAGUACUGAUGGUUCUGGUAAGGCUGGAGAAGCUCCAGGAUUCAUGGUCCGCCCUCGAACCGUCAAAUCCAAGAAAGAUACUAGUGCCUACACCCGAGGUCUGGAGAAGAAGACGCCGCUUGAACAGAUCGAGGGUUGUGACUACAGUGGAUGGAUGAAGAAGAGAUCUUCCAACCUGAUGACUACGUGGAAGCCCCGACUUUUCGUUCUACGUGGCCGCCGCCUAUCAUACUACUACGCCGAAGAUGACACCGAGGAAAGAGGCCUGAUCGAUAUCACUGCCCAUCGGGUGUUGCGAGCGGAUACUGACCCCAUAGUCACGCUGCAUGCCACUGUGACUGGUUCGACUGCAGUGCCUGCCAAUGCCAACAACGCCAAUCCCUCGGAGGAGGUGGGAGACAAGCUCAAAAAUGACGAAGGGAAUAAACCAUUCUUCUUCAAAUUGGUCCCUCCAAAGAUGAAUAAUCUGCGUACCGUGCAGUUCACCAAGCCUACCACCCACUACUUCCAAGUCGACAAUGUCAAAGAAGGUCGCUUGUGGAUGGCAGCUCUAAUGAAGGCUACCAUUGAACGUGACUUGACUCAGGCUGUGGAGACUACCAACAAACAAAAGACCAUCAGUCUGAAACAGGCACGCUUGACAAACCAGCGGCCACCGGCACUAAUGGCUGUCCCACCUAGCGUGGAGCCGAAACAAUUCUUCGAGGGAGAAGAAGACGAACACGGUCUUCGGAUUGAGGGGCUCAAUAUGCCGCAGCCAUCUUCCGAUGAUGUCUCUUUUGUUGAUGCGACAGAUGAGCUGACCGACAGCGACCCAUCAUUGGAAAAACGUCCAGGCGAGAUCGAUACAGGCCAUUCGACUCUUUUACCAAGUCCUUUGACCAAAAAUUAA